AUGGGCCGCUCCUUUACAGCGGCGCCUGUUCGGGUUCUGCUCGCGCCGCCGCUCCUGCUCCUCCUCUUCUUGCUCGGCCUCCUCCGACCUGCGGCUGCCAAUGUGGGGGACUCCUGCUCCACGAGCGCGGACUGCGGCGCCGGCCAGUGGUGCUUCGACUGCGAGCCCAAGUUCUCCGGCUCCCACUGCGUCCGCUCCGCCGCCACCAACCCCUUCCAGCUCAUUAACAACUCGUUGCCGUUCAACAAGUAUGCCUAUCUCACGACGCACAAUUCAUAUGCCAUCGUCGGGGAGCCUUCGCACACCGGAAUCCCACGCGUCACUUUCGACAACCAGGAGGAUACGGUCACUGAUCAGUUGAAUAACGGAGUCCGGGCACUGAUGCUCGACACAUAUGACUUCAAAGACGACGUAUGGUUGUGCCAUUCAAGUGGAGGCAAAUGCAACGACUUCACCGCAUUCGAACCUGCACUGGACACUUUCAAGGAGAUCGAGGCAUUCCUUUCGACAAAUCCGUCCGAAAUCGUCACGAUAAUCCUGGAAGACUACGUUCACACGACCAAUGGACUAACAAAUGUGUUCAAUGCCUCUGGUCUGUUCAAGUACUGGUUCCCGGUGUCAAAAAUGCCGCAGAACGGUCAGGACUGGCCUCUUGUCAGCGACAUGGUCGCGAGCAACCAGCGCCUCCUGGUGUUCACCUCCAUCAGCUCGAAGCAGAGUACAGAAGGCAUUGCUUACCAGUGGAAUUUCAUGGUUGAGAAUAAUUAUGGUGAUGAUGGGAUGGAUGCUGGGAAAUGCUCAAACCGUGCUGAGUCUGCUCCUCUCAAUGACAACACUAAAUCGCUGGUCCUCAUGAACUACUUCCCAUCGGUCCCUGUGAAGUUCACAGCAUGUCUGCAGCAUUCCCAGAGUCUUGUUGACAUGAUAAAUACAUGCUAUGGCGCAGCAGGGAAUCGAUGGGCUAAUUUUAUCGCAGUUGAUUACUACAAGAGAAGCGAUGGAGGCGGUGCAUUCCAGGCCACAGACUUGCUCAAUGGUAAACUGUUAUGCGGGUGCCAGGACAUCAGGGCAUGCUCGCUACAUGAAUUCAACCCCUUCUGUUUUGGCAUUUGCAGCAAGGUUCUGGUGUAG